UCGCUCCAUGCCGAAUCAAAUCCACAAUUAUGUAGUACCAUCAGAAGAUCCUGAUGCAAUUUAUUUUCGCGGAGAACGCCACAUUCAUGAUAUUGAUUUACCAAAAAAAGGACUCGAUGGAAGAGUGCGAAAUAUACUAUUAUCCUCUCGUGUGCAACUGGCAGAAACAUAUAAAUCUAAAGAAGAGGAUCCUCUUUGCGGAGUAUGUGUACGUGACUUUAUGCCGAAACAAAGCGUAAUUUUUUUACCAUGUUCCCAUAAAUUGCACAAAACGUGUUUUUGGGAUUUAUCCCGUUUUUAUAGACAUUGUCCUACUUGUAAAUACGAUAUGGGUCGGGGCCUGCAAAUUCCAGAGUAGGGUAUAACUGAUUUCUAGUCAAUUAAAUUAUAAAAUGGGAGUAGAACAUUAAAAAUUAGAAAGUUCUCAUUUUGCAACUUAAUUGACUAAAAAUCUUUUGUGCUCUACUCUGGAAUUUGGAGGCUAUACACGUCGGAUUACUUGUUUUUGAAAAUUUAAUAUUUUGGACACGUACUAGACAAGUAUCCCGACGUGUAACAGUUUC